ACCUCCGCCAGUCCUGGAGAGCGUUGUUCUGAGCUUAAACCAGGACGCCUUGCUCUGCACUCCGUCCCCGCUGCCACCCUGCCCGCCUAAGCAGGAACAGUCCCACCUACCCAGCCAUGGGGGAGGACGCUGCCCAAGCUGAGAAGUUCCAGCACCCGGGUUCUGACAUGCGGCAGGAGAAGACAGCCAGCACCAGCCCUGUGCCCUCCUCCACGCCGAGCCCGAGCCUGAACCUGGGGAGCACGGAGGAGGCCAUCCGGGAUAACUCGCAGGUGAAUGCCGUCACAGUUCUCACGCUCCUGGACAAGCUGGUAAACAUGCUGGACACCGUGCAGGAGAACCAGCAGAAGAUGGAGCAGCGGCAGAUCAGCCUGGAGGGCUCUGUGAAAGGCAUUCAGAACGACCUCACCAAGCUGUCCAAGUACCAGGCCUCCACCAGCAACACUGUGAGCAAGCUGCUGGAGAAGUCACGCAAGGUCAGCGCGCACACGCGAGCGGUUAAGGAGCGCAUGGAGCGGCAGUGUGCGCAGGUGAAGCGGCUGGAGAACAACCACGCGCAGCUCCUCAGACGCAACCAUUUCAAAGUGCUUAUCUUCCAGGAAGAAAAUGAGAUCCCUGCCAGCGUGUUUGUGAAAGAGCCAGUUUCCAGCCCAGCUGAAGGGAAGGAGGAGACUGCUGAUGAAAACAAGUCCCUGGAGGAAGGCUUGCAAACAGUGGACCUCUCCUCCGAUGAUGAAUUGCCCCCCGAUGAGGAAGACAGUGCAGAGGAAAAGAUAGAAGAAAGUAGGGCAGAGAAGAUCAAAAGAUCCAGCCUCCGAAAAGUGGAUAGCCUCAAGAAAGCAUUUUCUCGCCAGAAUAUCGAGAAAAAGAUGAACAAACUGGGAACAAAGAUCGUAUCUGUAGAGAGGAGAGAGAAGAUUAAGAAAUCUCUCACUUCCAAUCACCAGAAAAUAACUUCAGGAAAAAGCUCCCCUUUCAAAGUUUCUCCGCUCUCUUUCGGUCGAAAGAAAGUCCGAGAGGGAGAGAGCCCUGCAGAAAAUGAGACCAAGUCAGAAGACAUGGCAGGCAGUGAGCUGGCGCCCAAGGACCAGGAGGAGCGCGCCAUUGAGGAGGGCCUCUCCGAGGCGUCACCCCCCACUGCAGUGGAGGGGGAGGUGGCUGAGGGGGAUGCGGGGCGGGUGGCCUCCAGAGGCAGCAGCUCUGCCAUGGACAGCAACAUCAACUUGACUAUUGCGGAAGAUGAAGAAGAGGAGUCGAUGCUCAUGGAACAGGCGCAGAAGGUGAGCUAUGAGGGAGGCUACACGCUGACCUCCGAGGAGGCAGAAAGGUCCGAUGAGGAGCCCGUGCAGCCUGCGGUGCUGCAGGUCGACCAGACCGCCUGAGUCCGGGGCGCUGCACCAGCCUGCGUACUCAGUGCAGGGGCAACGGAAAGCCAGCGCCGGAAAGCCAGCUCUGUCCAGCACAUCUGCUGUCCAGUCCCUCCUGUGAGUGUCCAGGCAGUAGUAGCUCACUACAUAGUGUACAGGUGACCAAGGUUUGCCAUGAAGGCAACCUGUCAGGGGCGCCACUUCCAGUUUGCCCUUGGGUUUUCUCUCUCUAGAGUUGUUCCAGAAUUGCUCCGAAGAAGGAAUGGAGCAGUUAUGAGACUGUGAUCCAUUUGGCUUAGACAGAAAUACCAGAGGCUACCUAAGAUACUAGUCAUGAAAUGUGAUUCAUUUUUUGUCAUUCCAUAAGCUUGCUAAAUAGUGUACCAGUCAUACCUUGAAUUUCUACAGAACUCUAAGUAUUCUUUGAGUGUAUGAUAUAUAAUAUACAUACAUAUUUAAGCUAGAGGCUGGACUAUUUUUUUGAAGCAAACAUUUUUAAAAAGGGAAAAGAGAAAGUUCAGUUGGUGCUUGACUUAAUGGAAACCAUUACUUUGUUGGAUGGAAAUGAUGGAAAAAUUGAAAGAUGACAAUAUUCAGCUAAUGAACUAGAUUAUAUAAAGGCAGGAAUAUUAGAAAAA